AUGGUGAAGCCGCUCGAGGCGGCGAGGAUGCUGGUCACCACGGGCGGCCUCAUCGCCGGCACGAUUGCCUUGGCGGUGUUUUUGUUCACCAGCUGGGGCAGCGCGGUGUCCGCCCUCUUGGCGCCCCCCUUGUCGGGUCCGCUGGCGCUGUUCUCGUCUUCGGAGCUUUUCUCGGAGGCGGUGCUGCUUCUGUCGUGCCUGGAGACGAUCAAAUAUAUGACGCUGGCGAACUACAUGUGUUUUGCGCUCCUCCUCAUGCUUAUCCUCCUGCUUAGUGUCGUGGAGGAGGCGAUGCUCGUUGUGAAGGAGUCACUCGAGGCGAAGGCAAAACUCCCGUCGACGGAGCUUCUGCGGCAAAUGAACGGCAGCUACGAACGCGCCCUCGCCAUUAGUGGCAGCGCUUACAAAAUGAAGCAGCUGCUUGUUGGAGCGAAACACCGAGGACAGGUGUGA